AAAACCACAAGCUCACGGAUGGAGAAGCUCCAGCUCGCGAUCCCGACGACCCGAGAAGCGCCCGACGAGGAGUCCAAGGUCGACGAUGCGCGCCGGCUCCAGGAGGAGGACAUUGUCAUCGUCUUUGAGCUGCCCGACGGCUCGGAAGUCCAGGAAAAGUUUAAAAAGGGACAAACCAUCGCUGUGCUCAAGAGCUACCUAUCGAUGGAGUUUGACUUGCCGAUGGAGUCGCUGAAACUUUUGCACCACGAGACGACGCUGAUCGACCCAUACACGAUCACCGACUACCCAGAACUUGAGGCAUUAGACCACGUACGGCUUCGCGUCAAGCAGUCUCGUAAAUAGCGAAAAAACGCGUUCAACUCUAUCGCAAUA